AAUUUUUCAGUUUUCUGUGGAGAGGAGAAGAGAACGCGCUCUCUCUCUCUUUUACUUUCUAAUUUUUUUUUUCGCUUUCUUCCUUUGUUUCUCUCUCACAUAAAAAACAAAAUCAAAAAAAAUUGACGCCAUCAAACUCUCUUCACACAACAAUAACGGUAGUUCAUCCUUCGUCCUUCUUUGUUGUGGUUGCUCUGUAAUUCUCUGUUUGUUCUACUUCAUCUCACCAUCCAGCCGUCCGUUCAAUCCCUCGCCUGCAAGAUUUGAUUACGGAGUAAGAACAGGUGUGGUGUGGCGGAAGGAGGAGGAAGGUGAGGGAAUGGAGUUGACGGUGGAGAGGAGUGGGGAGGGAGUAUGUUGAUGGAGGAAGAAUGGAGUUUGAAACUGGAAUUCCGAUGUCCCGUGGCGGUGCUGUGACGGAGGGGCCGUCACUGUCGCCGUCGUUGAACCAAGAUGCUAUGUGGCAAAUGAACUUGAGAACAAAUGAAGCAAUGGAAUCUGGAUCCUAUCCUGAGCGCCCUGGAGAGCCAGAUUGUUCUUACUACAUGAGCACAGGCCUUUGUAGAUUUGGGGCAACAUGUCGAUUUAAUCAUCCUCCUAACCGGAAGCUGGCGAUUGCUACCGCAAGGAUUAAAGGAGAGUUCCCGGAAAGAAUAGGACAACCUGAAUGCCAGUACUACCUGAAGACAGGAACUUGCAAAUUUGGAGCAACAUGCAAGUUUCAUCAUCCUAGAGACAAGGCUGGGAUUUCUGGAAGAGUCUCUUUAAAUGUUUUGGGCUAUCCACUUCGCCCGAAUGAGGUUGAGUGUGCUUAUUAUUUGAAAACUGGACAAUGCAAAUUUGGAGGCACUUGUAAAUACCACCAUCCUCAACCAACCAACAUGAUGGUUUCAUUGUCAGGCUCACCCGUUUAUCCCACUGUUCAUUCUCCAACGACUCCUGGUCAACAGUCUUAUCCAGGAGGAAUUACAAACUGGUCUAGAGCACCUUUCAUUCCCAGCCCACGCUGGCAAGCACCUUCAAGUUAUGCCCCUUUGAUUUUACCUCAGGGAGUGGUUUCAGUUCCAGGUUGGAACGCGUAUAGUCUGGGGUCAGUUUCUUCUUCUGAGAACCUACAACAAACAGUGGGAAACAAUCAAAUUUAUGGCAGUUCACGCCAGAGUGAACCAGCAACUUCAGGGUCUUCUGGGGCAUUUUCAUACCGCUCUGGUUCUGUCCCUGUAGGGUAUUACGCAUUGCAGAGGGAGAAUGUAUUUCCUGAGAGACCUGGCCAGCCUGAAUGCCAAUUCUACAUGAAGACCGGAGACUGUAAGUUUGGUGCAGUAUGUAGAUUCCAUCAUCCAAGAGAAAGACUACUUCCGGUUCCAGACUGUGUAUUGAGCCCCAUAGGCCUUCCAUUACGUCCAGGAGAGCCUCUGUGCAUCUUCUAUUCACGUUAUGGUAUAUGCAAGUUUGGUCCUAGUUGCAAGUUUGACCACCCUAUGGGAAUUUUCACAUACAAUCUCUCUGCAUCAUCUUCAGCUGAUGCUACUGCUCGGCGCUAUUUGGGGUCACCAACUUUAUCACCAGAAAGGCUUGUUGAAGCAGGGUCAGGAAAGCCUAGGCGACUCUCAUUGUCUGAGACUAGGCAGAUGUCUUCUGGUGAUGAUGAUAUUGACACAGAGGGAUAGGUGGUGUCUCAACUGAUGGCUGGGUACUUCCCACGAUUAUUUGGUUGGACAACUAAAUUAAUCUGUAAAUUCAUUUCUUGUUGAUGGGGAUGUACAGAUUUCAUAUCAAGUUCAUUAUGUUCUUCGGAUUCAGUUGACAUACUCUGAAUCUCAUGUUGCUGCAUUGUAUAAAAAUCUGAGAUUAUUGUCACAUUGGUAAAAGCCAAUGUGAACAUUUCUUCUUUUCCAAA